UCAAACGCUUCAUAAAGUUCAAAAACUACGCGUCCCUUCCUUCUCACAACGAUCACCAGCAAAAACCCUAAAACUUUCUCUCUCUUCUUUCGCUUUCUCUCUCUCCCCACCUUCCCCCUCCGCGUUUUCCCGGAAUAUCCUUUCCUGCUUUUAUUUUCCGGGAAUUCCGAUUCUGCUUUGCUUACUAUUACAAAUUAACUCACACUUGUCUCCUACUAAUUUUUUUAUUCCUUCCAUGUAUGGAAGACAAAGACAAAGCAGCAUCAUCAUCCCGCCCUGCAAUAUCUCCGACUGAGUUCACCGCCGACUCUUCCAGCUGGGCGCUCGGGCCUGAUGACUCUGACGAUGUCUAUUUCUUCUCUGGCGACCGAAGUACCAGCAGGAUGCUCACCGACUUCGGGUGGAAUCUCGAACCGGAUCAACCGCACCGGAUCGGUGUCGAUGACACGUCUCAAGUGGCGGGAGGAGAAGGCGGGAGCAGAGGAGGUGGAUUGUGGUUUCCGGAUCACUCUGCUCCGGGUGGCUCCACGGAACAAGCUGAUAAGGCGAACGCGAUGGCUGCCGAUGCGUCUACAUCCAAUAAUCAAUCGGUGUCUUCGAGCUCCAGCGAGGAUCCGCCCGAGAAGUCCACCGUCUCAGACGAAAAACCGCCGGAGAUACCGAUUAAAAGUAAAAAGAAGGGGCAGAAGCGAAUACGGCAGCCGCGGUUUGCAUUUAUGACAAAGAGUGAAGUUGAUCAUCUUGAGGAUGGCUACAGAUGGCGCAAGUAUGGCCAAAAGGCCGUAAAAAAUAGUCCAUUUCCUAGGAGCUAUUAUCGUUGCACAAACAGCAAAUGCACGGUGAAGAAAAGGGUGGAACGCUCUUCGGAGGACCCAACCAUUGUGAUAACAACGUACGAAGGGCAACACUGUCAUCACACUGUUGGGUUCCCUAGAGCAGCCGGAGCAUCAAUCAUGACCCGUCAUGAAGCCGCCGCCUUUGCAGCCGCCGGCCAGUUUGCUCCGACCAUGUCACACUUCUAUUAUCCCAUCCAUUUACCAUCAAGAGACGACACUAACCUUUCUUCUCUGGCCCCUCCUCCUCAUCACUACCACCGACGCCAACAGGCACAGGAACAUGAACCAGCUGCAAGAUCAUCCAGCACUGUAAUGUGUCCACAGGAUGAUGCAACCUCGCGGCAGCCUCCCACCGAUCAAGGACUUCUCGGAGACAUUGUGCCCCCAGGAAUGCGUAAUGGAUGAGGAGGAACAUCCAUGAUGGUAUAUAUAUAUUUAUAUAUAACUUCUCAUAUUUAUUAAUCUAUCAUCUUUUAAUCUUUAAGUUAUAUAUACAGUGUGUGCGCUUAAUCUUAAAAAAAAAAAAGGAUUUUCCCCCCACUGGGAGGGGUAGGAUACUUGUUAAUUUUUAUGGGUUUUUAAGUAAACUCAUAAUUAUUGUCAUCAAUUAGAAGAGAUAUUUCUAUGAAAAAAAAGCUUAUAUAAAAUAUUUUCAAUCACGAACAUGAUCAACACGUAUAUGUGGUUUUUUAAAUAAUAAAUUACCAUAUGUAUAAUUCUUACAAACAAAUGUUUUCAUAGUUCAAAAUCGCAUCAUUAAAUCAACUUCUUUUCAAUGAGAAUUCUUUGCUUGUGCAACGUCACUAGAAUAUGUAAAGCAACGAUAAAAAGUUUAUAUCUAAGUGCUGCGAUCCUUUUACACAUACCCACCAGAUAAAACAAAUUAAAUAAGUUAAUCUAUCGUAAAUGGGUAGGACCUAUUCAUUAUAUGUUCUAACACGUGCUUCUACUUUUGACUGAAUUUAUUUGAUUCUAUAUCUGCAUCAAUCAAUUUCUUCGGGGAAAUUAGUUUAAGAUUUCACUUUGGCUAUGUUGAUCUUGAAGUUUAUUUAUAUAUAUUAUCGCUUCAAUAAUUUCUUUGAAUGAGAAUAAAAAAUUUUGUUGUCUUAAAAUUUUUAGAGGGAUUAAGAACUUAAAAAAAUCCAGAAUUUUUAGUAUAUAUUUGUUAUGAUCAACUGAAUUUAUUUGAUUUUGUUACAUUUAUCCAACUAAAAGGGAAAAUGAGAGGUAGCCAUUUUUUGAGUUUUUAAACAUGAGUGAUCAGUUAAUGAGUCCUAGGGCACAAAACUCUAGUUUGUUGUUCAUAUAUGUGUUCUUUUUGCUGCUGUGUGGGCAGCGGGAAUCUGGGUUUGCAAUAGCAUUUGAGAACUGCCUCAGGAAAUUGAACACUUUCUAAUACUAAUAGACUAACAAAAAUAAUAUAGUAUCAGAGAUCGAUGCUCAUGAUAACGGCCUCAAUAACAUAAUAUAAUUAGCUUUUGUUGAGGAUCAAUCAAUAACUUGCGCACUGAGUUGCGUGCGGUCUCUGUGUUACUUUUCAUAAAUAAAUUU